AGCGUUUCUGUCUUCUCCAUUCUGCGAACGCAUAGACAACUGCGGAUUCUUCAUAAAUAAUCAUCCUUCUAUCGAGUCUUUAAGGAGAAAGUCUAACAACGACCUUAUAACUAAAAAAAUGUCUUUUGAUCGAAAGGAUAUCGGUAUCAAAGGUCUCUUCCUUUAUACUCCUAAUCAAUAUGUCGAACAGUCCGCUUUGGAAGCACAUGAUGGUGUUUCCGCCGGAAAGUAUACAGUUGGUCUCGGAUUGACCAAGAUGGCUUUUGUUGACGACCGCGAAGAUAUUUAUUCUUUUGCCCUUACCGCUCUUUCUCAACUCAUUCAAAGAUACCAAAUUGAUGUAAACAAGAUUGGCCGUUUAGAAGUCGGUACCGAAACACUCAUUGACAAGUCCAAGUCUGUCAAGAGUGUUUUGAUGCAACUCAUGGGUGAUAACCACAAUGUUGAAGGCAUUGACUGCGUCAAUGCUUGUUACGGUGGUGUGAAUGCCCUUUUCAACACUGUUGACUGGAUUGAAUCUUCCGCCUGGGAUGGUCGGGAUGCCAUUGUAGUUGCUGGCGACAUUGCUUUGUAUGACAAAGGUAAUGCUAGACCUACUGGUGGUGCCGGAUGUGUUGCUCUUUGGGUUGGUCCCAAUGCCCCUAUUGUUUUAGAACCAGGCUUGCGUGGUACUUACAUGCAACAUGCUUAUGACUUUUACAAGCCUGAUUUGGCCAGCGAAUACCCCUACGUUGAUGGUCAUUUCUCUCUUGAAUGUUAUGUUAAAGCUUUAGACGAAGCUUAUGCUGCUUAUAAUGCUCGUGAUGUUGCCAGAAAUGGAAAAUCGAAAGGACUGGGCAUCGACCGUUUCGACUAUUGCGUCUUCCAUGCUCCCACCUGUAAGCAAGUCCAAAAAGCUUAUGCUCGCCUUCUUUACACUGACUAUGUUGAACAACCUGGUAUUGCGGAGUUGGAAAAUAUUCGUGAGCUUAUUAAUACAUUACCUGCCGCCAAGACUCUUACCGAUAAGACUUUAGAAAAAACCCUAAUGGCUAUUACCAAGGAACGUUAUAAUCAGCGUGUUCAAUCUAGUAUUUAUGCUCCUACUAAUUGCGGUAAUAUGUACACCGCUAGUGUCUUCUCUUGUCUUACUUCCCUUCUUUCUCGUGUUCCAGCUGCCGAACUUCAAGGUAAGCGUGUUGGUGCUUACUCUUAUGGUUCCGGCUUGGCUUCUUCUUUCUUUUCUUUCGUCGUCAAGGGCGACGUUUCUGACAUUGCUCUCAAAGCCAAUUUUGUUAACGAUGUUGAAGGCCGUCAUUCCAUGACCCCCGUCGAAUACGAAAAUGCUAUUGAGCUUCGCCACCAGGCCCACUUGAAGAAGAACAUUACUCCCCAAGGCAACGUUGAUCGCCUUCGCUCUGGCACCUAUUACCUUACUGGCAUUGACGACAUGUUCCGUCGUAGUUAUGAGGUUAAACCUUAAGCUCACUGAUUUAUACAUACCAUUUUAAAUAAUAAAUUUCGUGAAUAGACUAAGUAUUGCUUCUCCUCCGCCCUUAUACCUUUCUGAAUAAGCAACUCAAUAAAUGUAGAAGUAGCGUCAAAAUUACCUAUAAAUAAU